GCCCUUCCUAGAUUCUCUCCUAAAACAGAGAAGCUAGAUACAGAGUUGGAUUGAACAGAGACUCUCGCCAAACGUUGCUUCCUUGGGAGACCUACAAAGUUUUCUUCUUGUAUAUCGUUUAAGUGUGUUUCCUCUCCAACUUCACCAAACUAAUUUCGCCACGAAACCAAACAGAGUCACAUCCUCAUGAGUGUUUUGUGUGCUGCGAUGAUCGUGUGAUUGAUUCAGAAUCCCUAACUUUUUUCGAAAAAAUUCCAGUCCAAAAACCAAAGCUUGACCCAUUGAUUCCAUGGCGAUGUCUCUCCGUUCCGCUCCAUUCAUCUCUCUCCGUGCAAGAAAAAGCUUCAACCUUUCUUCCAGAACCCUCGCCUUUAGGUUAUCAUGCUGUUCUUCUUCCAAUGGGUCUCCCCAAAAUCAAAACUUUUCCACAGAUUCCGAGAAGAAGAGAUCAUUCGCUGUUGCCACCGGUGAGCUUUUCAUCGGAAUUGCGUCGAGACUAUUGAAGUCUUCUAAGGAGAUUCAGAAGAAGACGCCGACGGUUGAUGAUGGAGAUAGAAUAGGUAGUGUGAUUGAGGAUGAGAUUGAGCCAGCGGUGAUAUGGGAACAAAGGAUUAAGGAUGUUGAAGCGGAGAAAGAGAGGAGAGUCAUUACAAGUCCUGGGUUUAGUUUCUCUGCUGCUGGUCUUUUGUUUCCUUAUCAUCUUGGCGUUGCUCAGUUGUUAAUUGAAAAGGGUUACAUCAAGGAAACUACUCCUUUAGCAGGAUCUUCUGCUGGUGCUAUUGUCUGUGCUGUGAUAACCUCAGGAGCCUCUAUGCGAGAAGCUCUUGACGCUACUAAGGAGCUUGCUGAUGAUUGUCGACGCAAUGGCACUGCGUUCCGUCUUGGGGCUGUCCUCAGAGAAUCCAUGGAGAGGUUACUGCCAGAUGAUAUUCACAUUAGGUCCAACGGGAGAAUUCGCGUUGCCAUCACACAGGUGUUUUGGAGACCUAGAGGUUUACUAGUGGAUCAGUUCGACUCCAAGAGCGAUCUGAUCAAUGCAAUUUUCACUUCUUCUUUUAUUCCAGGAUAUCUUGCACCAAGACCUGCAACGAUGUUUCGUAAUCGAGUUUGUGUUGAUGGAGGCUUGACAUUGUUUAUGCCACCAACAGCUGCUGCUAAAACAGUUCGAGUUUGUGCAUUUUCCGCAAGUAAUUUCAAACUAAAGGGUAUUGAGAUCUGCCCAGAUUGCAACCCUUUAAACAGGGCAACAGCUAGACAACUAUUAAAUUGGGCACUGGAGCCAGCAGAAGAUGACGUGUUGGAAAAGCUGUUUGAGCUGGGAUAUGCAGAUGCAGCUACGUGGGCUGAGAUGAAUCCAGUUGAGGAACUGGUGUAUGACGAUACUCCCACUCCUCAAGAGAUUACUGCUACUUAAGAACACACGAACUCAAUACUAUAUUACAAUAACCGUAAUUAGUCAAAUUUAUUUGCGCUACAAUAGAUUCUGAUAGUCUCGAAAAGCUAGCUGGUUUUAAAAGUCACGAAAAGUUGUAGUUCUUAGAUCAAACAAAGCAUAUGGUACAUCACUUUCAGAUGGAGUUCAUAAAAAAAUGUGCUUGUAAGUUGUAAGGGAAGCUAUUAGGACCCAACGAUUCUCAAUAGUAUGGUCCACAAAAUAUUAUAACUU